AUGAUUGAUACAGAUAGUGAUGGAUGCCUGAGAAUAGUGCUUAGCGAUGAAAUGCAAGCAUCGCCUGGUAAUUCUUCAAGUAAAUUGUUAAGAAGAUGAAA